AUGGGGGACGGCCCAGAUGCAGCCGAGAAGUCACACUUUUUAGAAGUUUGCUAUUCUUUCUUGGAGUAUGGCACUGAUGCCUUCUAUGACCUGGGUCGGAUGCAGGACACUAUUCAAAGCUUGGAUAAAGACGACCAGGCCAUGUGGAAAGUGCCGCCACUUCCCUGGUAUUCAGAGAUUCAGCGUCGAGUGCAAGUGAAUCUCGACUUCCUGAGGUGCGAUCCACAUUGCGCCAGUUUGUUCGAGAUUGGGCCAAAGAAGGGCAAGCUGAACGAGCAGCCAGCUAUACGCAAGGGCCCAGUUCCUGCGAUUCUUUGCCCUGGCUGUGGCCUUGCGCGGCUGCCCUUUGACCUGGUGCGUUUGGGCUAUGCCGCCCAGGGGAAUGAGUUUUCCUACCACAUGCUACUCGGCACCCAUCUGAUCCUCAAUCGCAGCGAGAAAGCGGAGUGCUUCAACAUCUUCCCCUUUGUGCUCACAUUGGCAAACCGGAAGGGAAGAUGGGAUCACCUCAGAUGCGUGAAAGUGCCAGAUGUUUGCCCUGUGGAAGCUUUGGGCCCUGCAGCACAGCUGUCAAUGGCAGCAGGCGAGUUUGUAGAGGUCUACAAGACUCAAGAGUCGGCAUGGGAUGGCAUGGCCACAUGCUUCUUCCUUGAUACAGCGAAGAAUGUGUUCCUGUACAUUCGGACAAUAGCUUACAUCAUUCGGAAAGGUGGCAUAUGGACGAACCUGGGUCCUCUCCUCUACCACUAUGCCGACGUGCCGCACGAAAUCUCCAUUGAGCUUAGCUGGGAAGAAGUGCGACCAUACAUUUGCCAGUAUUUCGAUUUCGUUGAGGAGGAGGAGAAAGUGGCAAGAUAUACCGGCAAUGCGGAAGGUUUGAGUAUCAACCGCUAUCGGUGUAUCUUCUUCGUGGCGAGACGCAACGGCAAGCCUGCAGAGGGCCAUUCGAAUCCGGUCUUCUAA